AAUUUUGCAACAAAUGCUCCGAAAAUUCUAGAUCUCAAAUCGUCUUCCGAACAGAUAUUUUCCCGAAAAUUGCCGUUGGGUGCCCCUGUUUUAGCCAGUUCACAUGUUGCCAUGAAGGCAUUUUUAGAGAAUGUGUUUUCAAGUACAAAGCUAAUUACUACAGUGAUGAUCACAUUACUUAAGUAUACGCUGCCGCACGGCACAAAUCUGACAAUCAUCCUCAUCGGAGAUAUCAGUGUCCUGUUUCUAGCAGCAAUUGUAGCUUCUCUUCUCCGUGAAGCGCGGAGUAAAAUUGUUUCAACCAGGAUUUACGCAAUGCAGACUUUGUGUUCUUAACCUGCCCGCAGUGUAAGUCCAAUAAGUCAGUUACAUGCACGUUGAACAGCCUUUAUAGAAGGGUCCCGUGCAGUGCAUCUUGCCGCGACAUGUGUUGGCGGCUCAUACCUUUAUUUUGCUUUGUUAUACAGCUUUUAUCGAGCGGAAGCGGGCUUUGUUGAUUGUUUAUGUUCAAAACAUUCGCGUCGUUAAUGCAUAAGUUUCUGUUUCAGCUUUGUGAAAGGAAGAAGCUCCGAGGUCACUUAUUGCUGAUAGAAUUCUCACGCAACUAACUUGGCUCCACGCCGACGUCUUCAGUGUGUUUUGCUCCAGUCAUUGGCUCAUACUGUACAAGGCAAAAAGAACAACUCAAAUAGAGAAUCAGCUCGCACCAGUUAUAUUUGUCAAUUUACAUAAACUUAAAGCCAGUUGUCAUCUGUUGGAACUUUCUUGUCAAAACCAAACGAAACAAUAUCGUAUCAGAAGAUGUCACAAGUGACGUAUAAUCAAUUGGGGAACAGAAUUUGAACAUCAUGUGCAGCUUCGUUAAGGGCCGUCUCCUCAGAGGUCGUGGAAGACAUUUUGGUCGAAAGACAACUUGCGAUGAAACAAAAUGGUUACUUAUCUCUGACCAUAACUCUGAAGUACUGGUAGAAAAAACUCACAGCUCGAGCAGCUUAAGAAGAACAAGCUCGACAGGGAAUACCACAUUUCAAGGGAUCAACAGAAGUGGCGAAAAGGAUUUGUGCAAACUGACUGAUUCUUGUACCCAGUGUACCUAUGCUAAAAUCAUAAGUCAAAUGAGUGAGUCAGUAAGACCUUGUCUUCCAAGCCCAACGUUUAUGAGACGCCGUCGAAACGCCAUAUGCGAUGAAAUUGAAAAGAAAAUAAUUGCUUUGCCUGGAAGAACUUUGAGACAAGGAAGGGUUGACAUGCUUCGAGGGAUAGCUCUCAUGCAAUUUUCGUUGUUAUAAAGACGAUCAGGCGUGUACAGCUGCAAUCAAGACAUAGCGUGCUUUAAAAUGCUCACUACUUACGCUCAAGUGUGAGUUUAAUAGUGUUGAAAGGAUGACCCUCAUCAGCAUUAUUGUAAAAUUACAUCGCAGACAACAAGAAUUCAUCGUCAACAAGAAUUCAUUGCUUUGUAUUUCUUUAUCGGCGUUUUCCAAAUGUUUCCAUAUGCCAAAUAUGAAGUACGAACGCGCGGUAGAUAAUGGCCCUGUCUCACUGCGCACAAAUUGUUUUACAAAUCUUGCCGAAAUUUCAACUGACUGACACCCCCGGGGGGUACUCCCUUAUAUAAACCAUAUAAGUAUGUACCGGCCCAAAGGGUUUUUGCACCGUUUUGGUCUGGAAACGGGUAUUGUGUUCGAGGGAACCACGGGACGGGAGUGUAUGAACAUAUUUAUCGUUUCAGUUCCAAAUGAAUGGGAAAGAAAGAGAAACAUGCCUUUUUGUUGGCGUUCUAAUCUAAGUAAUGAUGACAAUUUCUUUGAGGCCAGGUCUGAAUACGGGUAUGAAAAAUAACAUUUUUGGUUUGAAAUAGUGUUCCCCCCCGAGCUGAGAGCAUAGGCAAAUUGUCUCUGAUAGCCAAAGAGAAGUUAUCAAUUAAACUUUCUCUCAAACGCCGGGUUAAAUAUGAUUGACAUGUUAUGUAGGGAAAAGUUGCCAAGUCAAGAACUAUCGUAGAUGUAUAUUAUAUAUAUAUUUUUUGUUUUCAUCUAGAUUAUGCAUACAGAUUAUAAAUCAAGCCUCGGAUACAUGUUGCAUUUCAGCGUUGGCGGU